AGCCCAAGACUGAUCGAGUUUUGCACCACAAAGCCAAGACAAUCUCCUCUCCCCUCCUCGUGUCCACACCCCUCUACUACCCCCUUCGUCAAAUCACCUUCCCGUCAGGAAGGGGGUCUUAAUUAAGUAUUACCCAAUAAUAAGCUUCAGAUCUGUGUGUCUUGUUUGAUCCUUUAGCGAUGUACGGAUUCGAAGCGCUUACAUUCAACAUUCACAGUGGCUACUUGGAAGCCAUAGUGAGAGGUCAUAGAUCUGGCCUUCUCACUUCCGCUGAUUACAACAAUCUCUGCCAAUGUGAAACCCUUGAUGAUAUCAAGAUGCACCUUUCUGCUACCGAAUACGGCCCUUAUCUUCAAAACGAGCCUUCCCCCUUGCAUACUACCACAAUUGUGGAGAAGUGCACUCUCAAACUUGUCGAUGAAUACAACCAUAUGCUUUGCCAAGCCACAGAGCCCUUAUCGACUUUCUUAGAGUACAUCAGAUAUGGUCACAUGAUUGACAAUAUUGUCUUAAUUGUGACUGGAACUUUACAUGAGAGAGAUGUUCAAGAAUUGCUGGAGAAAUGCCAUCCUUUGGGCAUGUUUGACAGUAUUGCUUCCCUGGCAGUUGCACAGAAUAUGAGGGAGCUUUAUAGGCUGGUGCUUGUUGACACACCCUUGGCUCCAUACUUCUCUGAGUGCAUUACUUCAGAGGACUUGGAUGACAUGAAUAUUGAGAUUAUGAGGAAUACUCUAUAUAAGGCGUACCUUGAAGAUUUCUACAGAUUUUGCCAGAAACUAGGUGGUGCUACUGCAGAGAUCAUGUCUGACUUGCUUGCUUUUGAGGCGGACAGGAGAGCAGUUAACAUCACCAUAAACAGCAUUGGCACUGAACUAACACGUGAUGACCGUAGGAAGUUGUACUCUAAUUUUGGCUUGCUUUAUCCUUAUGGUCAUGAGGAACUUGCCAUCUGCGAAGAUAUAGAUCAGGUCCGUGGUGUCAUGGAGAAGUACCCUCCUUAUCAAUCCAUAUUCUCUAAGUUGGCUUAUGGAGAGAGCCAGAUGCUCGACAAGGGUUUUUAUGAAGAGGAAGUCAAACGCCUUUGCCUGGCAUUUGAACAACAGUUCCACUAUGGUGUAUUUUUUGCAUAUGUAAGGCUGAGGGAGCAGGAGAUCAGGAACUUAAUGUGGAUAUCUGAAUGUGUGGCUCAGAACCAGAAAUCCAGAGUCCAUGACAGUGUUGUUUUCAUAUUUUAAUGAUCUGGUAAUUCAGAUUAUGUGCUCUCCAUACUCUUUUGUAUAUCUGAGUGGCACUGCAGUUUGUCGAUUAAUAUGAGUUAUUCUCGGGGUAAAGGCUAACCUCAGCCGUGUGACGGGGGUCAUGCUUCGAAAAGUUAUCCUCCAGGAAACUUGCCAGUCCUCCUGCGCGCUUCCUGAGUUGAUUAUUGUAAGUUGCGAAGAGAUAUUAGCCUGUUCGUUGUGUAUCUUCUCUAAUAAAUUCAGUGUAUGCAUGGUUGAAUAUCAUCUGGAAUGAUCCUCGGAUUGAUGUAUCUGGAAUUCUCUAUUUUUUAAACUUUAUCACAAUAAAAUUCUGCAGUUGUGUUGAAUACAUAA